CUCCCAGAGCCACAGGGAAAGGAUAGUGGCACUGAAGUGGGCAACAGGGUGAGCAACUCCCAGCAGCAGCCUGCUCCUAGAGCUCUUGUCCAGAGCUUCCCAGUUCCUUUUUUCCUCCACAGGGUUUUCAGUGUCUCGGGGUACAACGCAUUCACAGCAAUUCCUGAUGGACAGCAUAUUCCAGGCUGCAGAUAGAGUCCUGCAGAGCCAGCCCCUUCCCAGCCCCAGGUCUGAGCCUUGCUUGCACCUCCUGCAGCAAGAGGCCCUGGCUCUGCCAACCACCACUACAGCUCCCUGUGCUUGACAGGCUGGCUCUUCUCCCCUGGCACCACUGGCAGCCUGUUUGUCACAGAGGGCUGCUGGUUCUUGGCAGGAGGGGACCACAGGGAGCCUCUAUAAUGAGCUAGGGCCGAGACUGAGCCAGAAAAAUCAUAGAAUGCAAUUCAUCAGGGACCACAGCCUGGCAGGGAGUGGGGGCUCUAGACUGAGCUCAAAUAAUCAGUUUAAACAGUGUUCCUGGCACGUAGGUAGAGGGAUUUGGCCCAGGUGAGGCUCUUUGUGGUCACUAAGGUUUAUUAGUGCACUCAGGCCCUGGAAAACACCAAUUAAGUCUUAUUAAGACUAGGCAGUGUUUAAUUGUGCUGUUCUGGGUGGAGUGUGCAGGAGCAGCCUGAUGGCUGCUGGUGCGAGCACUGUCACUGUCAGUUGUACAGGGGCUGAAAUGGAAGUGCUUGGGUGCCCCUGGAGCUGAGCCCUGACCCCCUGACAGGGUGAGCCAGUGAAGCUUCCAAGUCUGAGUUGAUGCUGCAGUGACCAAAAAAUAAUCCCCUGAGUUGCACUGCAUGCCUGGCAGCCAGCUGGGCCAGUCUGGCAUUUGCACCGCAGCACCAGGGCACUCUGGGCAGCCCUCCUGCCCCCAGUGCAGAGACCAGCCCUGUGGUGACUGUGGGAGCACAGGCAGGUGGCACACUCUGGGUGGGCAGGGCUUGUUGUGCUGUGCCAAAACACUUGCAUCUUUGCUCUACCUUUUCCAAAACACUGUGGUUUUUGUCUGCACUUAGUGUCUGUUCUUAGAGCUGUUGGGGUCUUCCUCUCUACAUCAUGGAGGGUACAGCAGUAAUGUGUGCAUCUGUGGCUGCCACACACGUGUGUGCCAAAAAGUUGCUCUUGACUCACUUGCAUGACACUCCAUGAGGGCCUGGUAGCACCCACCACCACCCACUGCACAGCCCUGCUGGGUCACAGGCUGCCUGGCCACCCUCUCAUCUUUGUGCUUCUCUCCAGCUCCACCAGAGAGACCUUUGCUCUCCUGUGCUUGUCACUUGUCACUGCUCCUCCAAGCAUGGGUGCAACCCACUGAUAGGACAGAGGAGCUUUCUGCUCCACUCAUCCCACGGCAUUUCUGUCCACGGUGGAAGCCCAGAGCAGACACUGCUGUGCGCACUCUACGUCCUGGGUGCUUGCCAGGUAUGGGCAACUGUGAACUUCCACAGAUACCUACCAACCAAAUAGCAACCUAGACCAAAAGAUAGUGGCAUGACCCUGGGGCCUGACUGCACAGUUUGUCUGUAGUAUGAGUCCAACUACAGCGGGGUAAAGUCCAGGGCUAUGCAGCUUGUAGGGAAGACAAAUUCAGAGGCAACCUGCACAGAGGCUUCAUAGCACAGCAGCACGGUGGGGAGCUCAGAGAGGUCCCUGUACCUCUGCAGUCUGUGCAGAGCUUGCAAAAGAGCCAGAAGCCAGCUGACAGCAGAGCAGGAAGAGUAGCACUGCCAGUGCUGCCACCUCUCCAUUUCUGUGCUGAUCCCUUGCUUGGUAAGAUGCUUUUGAUGCUUUUUGACAGGCACAGAGUGUAGGUUGGCAGCCCAGCACCUCUACCCCAGUCCCCUUGCCGACAGCAAGAGACAGAAAGAGCUUUAUUAAGCUUCCCGCAAACAUACCAUGAGUUUUAGAAGGUUUAAAUCAUUUCAGCUGCAGAGCUUGGCCCCUCUGCCUUGCUCAGCUCUACAACAAAGUUCUCUGGAUAAGAAGAGCAAAAUUCCCCUGCAGGUCUCAGAGGCUGUCAGGCUGCAAGUGUGCCAGGAGCCAGCAGCAAGUUUGGGUCCCUCUGGUCUGUGUCUCCUGCUGUGAGGGACAACUUUUUCCUCACUGCUCCCACCACCCUCACACCAGGGACACUCCAACACCGCGGUGCUCCUUGCACCGCGAUUCCACUUGCCCCAAGGAUUUUGCUAGCCCAGGGUUGAGCCGUGGCUUAGGGGCACUGUGCCGACAUGCCCAGCCCAGGCGCACAGGGGAUGUGGGCGAUAUAGUGCCGGCUGCCACUGGAGCAGCCAGAGCCGUGUGUCACCCCGGGUACCAGGACAACCGGGCGCGGGCUGAUCCUUACAAUCCUAGGGUAAAAGUCCAGGGCAGCAUCUGUUCACCAAGCACGCAACCACAGGGCUCGGCUGCGUGUCCGUGUCCCCGCGCAGCUCCUCAGGCCGCCGGCCGGGGCUGCAGCGACACCGCUGCCGGGGCAGCCGUGCAGGCGGCCGGGAGCCAGCCGGGCUCCGGCUUCCUUUCCCCGCGCCCGUGGGAGGAGUGACGGAGGGGGAGGCCCCGCUCUCGGACGCGGCGCACCACAAAGCCAGGCCGCGGUCCGGCGUCACCGGUCGAGGUACCCCGGCAGAGACCCUCGCACGGCUCCGUGCCUGCUGCCAGCCUUCCCUGGGCUGCUCGUCCCACGGCCGCAGGCAGAGACGCGGUGGUGAAGCGCAGCAUGGCAAAGAAGGUGGCCAUCAUCGGCGCGGGCAGCAGCGGGCUGUGCGCCAUCAAAGCCUGCCUGCAGGAGGGGCUGGAGCCCGUCUGCUUCGAGAGGACCAGCGACAUCGGAGGCCUCUGGAGGUUUGAGGAGCGCCCCGAGGAUGGCCGUGCCAGCAUCUACCGCUCUGUCAUCAUCAACACCUCCAAGGAGAUGAUGUGCUUCAGCGACUUCCCCAUCCCCGAGGACUUCCCCAACUACAUGCACAACUCCAAGAUCAUGGAGUACUUCCGCAUGUACGCCCAGCACUUUGACCUGCUCCGCCACAUCCGCUUCAGGACCAGCGUGUGCCGCGUGUCCAAGCGCCCCGACUUCGCCAGCAGCGGGCAGUGGGAGGUGGUGACCGAGAGCGAGGGGAAGCAGGAGGCGGCUGUCUUCGAUGCCGUGCUGGUGUGCAGCGGGCACCACACCGACGCACACCUCCCGCUCAGUUCCUUCCCAGGAAUUGAGAAGUUCAAGGGCCGCUACCUCCACAGCCGAGACUACAAGGACGCUCAGGCUUUCACAAACAAAAAGGUUGUUGUCAUUGGGAUCGGGAAUUCAGGGUCAGACCUGGCUGUGGAGAUCAGCCAAACAGCCCAGCAGGUCUUCCUCAGCACUCGCAGGGGUGCAUGGAUCCUGAACCGUGUUGGAGAUCAGGGCUACCCCAUCGACACCAUCUUAACCACCCGCAUGAAGACAUUCCUGCAGGGGCUGCUCAGCUCAUCCAUGGCAUGUGACUACAUGGAGAAGAAGCUGAAUGCCAGGUUUGACCACUCACGUUACGGCCUGAAGCCAAAGCACAGGGUUCUUCACCAGCACCCGACCGUCAACGAUGACCUGCCCAACCGCAUCAUUUCGGGCAGGGUGCGGGUGAAGCCCAACGUCCAGGAGUUCACAGAGACGUCUGCCGUCUUUGAGGACGGCACCAGGGAAGACGUUGAUGCCGUAGUUUUUGCCACAGGAUACAGCUUCUCCUUCCCCUUCCUUGAGGGCUGUGUGAAGGUGGUGGAGAACCAGAUUCCCCUCUACAAAUUUGUGUUCCCCCCUGACCUGGAGAAGCCAACGCUGGCUUUCAUCGGCCUCAUCCAGCCCCUGGGUGCCAUCAUGCCUAUCUCAGAGCUCCAGUGUCGCUGGGCCACCCGUGUCUUCAAAGGGCUGAAUGAGCUGCCCCCACGGCACGACAUGGAGGCUGACAUUGAGCAGAAGAAAGAAGUGAUGGCAAAGCGGUACGUGAAGAGCCAGCGGCACACCAUCCAGGUGGAUUACAUCCCUUACAUGGACGAGCUCGCCUGCCAGCUGGGGGUCAAGCCCAGCCUGCUCAGCCUGUUCCUCACGGACCCCAAGCUGGCAGUGGAGGUGGCCUUCGGCCCUUGCACGCCGUACCAGUACCGGCUGCGGGGCCCGGGCGCGUGGGCGGGUGCCAGGGAGGCCAUCCUCACGCAGCAGCAGCGCAUCCUCAAGCCCCUGCAGACACGACAUGUGGAGGAGAGCACCUCAACCCCUGCCAUACCCCUCAUCUUCAAGCUGCUUGGGGCCGUGGCCAUCCUGGCAGCUGUUUUUGCUUACUUGUAGGUGCCCUGCAAGCGCAGGAAGGGAGGCUUUGCAAUGUGCUGUGGGACUGGCUGGCCACCCCUGCCCCUUGGCAGCCUGUGCACCCCAGUGGUGGCAGAAACCUGCCUCCUGCCUGGCACAGCCCAGCUGUGACCACACCAUGAGCUAGGGAUGCACAGAACCUCCCCAGCUGCCAAAAUAAUGGUUGGGCUCUUGCUCUGCACCUCCCCUUGGGGAGUGCUGUCAUGGACAGAGGAGGAAACCAGUUCACUGCAGGCUAAAUUCCAUUCCCUCUCAGCCAGCGCCCUGGGCUUUCCUGUCCCUUGUAACCCAGCCAUGCCAAUUUCGCCACACGCGCACCAGAGCUAAGCCGCAAAGGCACAGCACACUUUCUAUGUGGAUAAAUGUAUUAAACAGCCAA